AUGGCCCUCACUCAAGAACUAUGGAGUUCGGGCGCAAUCGCGUUGAUUUCCCACUGGGUCUACUUUGUCCGCGGCGAACAUGACCGAGCGGCUGCCAAUAUUGUGCGUGUGCACCUGCUGGUCGGUGCGCUGGCGGUGUUCCUGAAAUGCAGAGUCGCGGAGCUGCCGUACAGGGUCGCACUGCAGGAGACGAGUCUCCUGUUCUUGGUCUAUACGAUGACUCUGUUCGGGAGCAUUCUCCUUUUCCGCCUUUUCUUCUCUCCUCUGCGUCAUCUUCAAGGUCCGCUCGCCUUGAGGCUGACCAAGUUGACCCACGUGUGGAAACAAGCGCGUUGCCAGAACUACGAGAUCUUGCACGGGCUCCGGGACACUUACGGAGAUGUUGUGCGCACCGGCCCUAGUGAAGUGACCCUCUUCGGCACCGAGGCCUUUUACCAAGUUCAUGGCAAAGGGUCACAUUGUACCCGGGCGAGCUACUAUGACUUGCUGCAUCCAAUGGUGUCAUUGGCCACGGCCCGGGACCCGGUCGUUCAUGCCUACCGACGUAAGGUCUGGGAGCCAGCGUUCAGCAUCAAAGCAUUGGAGAAUCUCGAACCUCUGAUCUACCAGAAAGCAGACCUGCUGGUCCGGCAGCUCCGGGCCCAGCAGGACAAGGGCAAGCCAGUCGAUAUUUCCGCGUGGAUGGAGUAUUAUACCUUCGAUCUGAUGGGGGAAUUUGGCCUCACGAUCCAGUUCCAGUGCCUCGAGCGAGCCGGGCCACACCCGAUCAUGUCGCUGUUUCACAUGUCGCACCGCAAGCUUGGACCGUUGUCGCCGGCGCCGUGGAUGAGGCACCUGCUCAUGGGGAUUCCAUACAUCAAGCGACUGAAGUACUACAAGCGCUUCAUGAACUGGGCACACGACGAGCUAAACCGGAAUAUUCGCGAAGUGAGCGCUGAACGGACGGAUAUUAUGAGGUACAUACUCGACGAUGCCAAGGCGACGGAUGGUAUUGAGGCCAAUUGGCGGUAUCUGAUGGGGGAUCUCGUUCUCGUCAUGGCAGCAGGGAGUGAGCCCAUGUGCCACAUCCUGACGAACAUGAUGUACCACAUGGUCCGGCACCCCGAUCAUCUGCAACGGAUCCGCGACGAACUGGCGACGAUCAACGUCCGCAACUACAAGGCUCUCCAGCACCUGUCGCAUCUGUCGGCGUGCAUCUACGAGACCCUACGCCUAAACCCCCCUGUGGCCUCGGCUGGGCUGCGGCUCGCGCCCCCGGAGGGGAUGAUCGUCUACGGGAAAUUCAUACCCGGCGGGACCACCAUCGCCGUCCCUCAGUACAGUGUGUGUAGAGACCCACGGAAUUUCAUACAACCAAAUCGCUGGAUACCCGAACGUUUCACAACCCAGCCCCACCUCAUCCUAGACAAACAAGCUUUCACGCCUUGGAACAUCGGCGAUUACCAAUGUCCUGGCAAAAAUCUCAGUCUAAUGGAGAUCCGAGUCGCGGCGGCUCUGAUCUUCACGGAACUGGAGUUUCAGUUUGCCCCCGGGGAGAGCGGACAGCGCCUCUUCAAGGAAUCGCUGGACUAUUUUACGACGAGUCCGGGGCCAAUGCACUUGGUUUUCACGACUAGGACUGAGAAAUGA